GAAUCAACGCCUUCUGCAUUCUGUUGGAUAAUAAGCCGGAUUGUCAGUGUCUUCCCGGUUUCUUCUUCGCUCAGUCCGGAAACCACAAAGCCGGCUGUUCGAGAAAUUUCUCGGCCCAGGGCUGUUCCAAAAGAGACAAUAGACUUAAGUACGAUAUGAGAACAGUCGAACACACUGUAUGGGAGGAUAGCUCGUAUGAGAUCUUGCAAAUGAUGAUUAGGGAAGAAGAAUGCAGCAAAGCAUGCCUUGAUGGCUGCAACUGUGAAGCAGCCUUCUUCAAAGAUAACAACUGCCAAAAGCAGAAGCUUCCGUUAAGAUUCAGGAGAAGGUCUCUAAAAGACUCAAACAUGGCUCUCAUUCGCUUCGGUACAAACAUAGUACCCGAUAUUGGAGGCGAUUCCGACCAUAAAAGAAUCAUCAAGAAAGAGCAGUGUAUGGACAUCCUCGUCAUCUGAAUUGUUCUCAUGUCUAUAGGCAUCUUGGCGUUGUCAAUUUCUGUGAUCUUUGUUCGUCAGAAACGGAAGGAAUACAACAAGAUCGGUAAGGAAAAUGGAGAUAACUUGGUCGAGGGCAUUUCGCUGCAAGUGUUCACAUUUGAGCAUCUGUCCGAAGCAACAAACAGCUUCAAGGAAGAGCUGGGGAGAGGAGCAUCUGGCACAGUUUUCAAAGGUGUUAUGCAGCAGAAAAUGGUGGCAGUGAAGAGGUUGGAGAAAGAAUUCACACAAGGAGAGAUGGAGUUCCAGACAGAGUUGAAGACGAUUGGGAAGAUGUAUCACCGGAACCUAGUCCGGCUCCUAGGUUACUGCUUCGAUGGAGACAAUAAACUGUUGGUGUUUGAGUACAUGAGCAACGGAUCCCUCGCGGGCAUACUAUUCAAUCAAGAGAAUCGUCCGAGCUGGGAGGAACGGAUUGAGAUCGCUCGAGAUAUAUCGAGGGGGAUAUUGUAUCUGCACCAUGAGUGCGAGGCGCAUAUCAUUCACUGCGACAUAAAGCCUCACAACAUACUCAUGGACGACAAAUGGUGCGCUAAGAUAUCGGACUUUGGGCUGGCGAAGCUCCUAAAACAAGAUCAGACUAAUACGUAUACUGAGAUAAGAGGGACUAAGAGCUAUGUAGCGCCAGAGUGGUACCAAAAGCAGGCGAUCACAGUGAAAGCAGGUGUUUAUAGCUUCGGAGUGAUGCUGCUGGAGAUCAUAUGUUGUAGGAAGUGUGUUGAUUGGAGCGGGAGUGAGGAUGGGGCCAUUCUUGAGGAAUGGGCUUAUGACUGUUAUGCAACGGGGAAGAUUGGGAGUCUAGUCGGCAACGAGAUGGUGGAGGAGAGGAAGGUGGAGAGAAUGGUGAAGAUAGGGAUUUGGUGUGUGCAAUAUGAUCCGUCGCUAUGUCCAACAAUGAAAAAAGUUCAGCUAAUGUUGGAGGGAACUGUCGAGAUUCCGAUACCUCCAAGUCCGACUUCUUUCUUAAGUUCUAUCUAG